GUUUACACUCAGUCAAAUAAGCCAGCACUCAAUUUUGUUUAAUAAGAUGAGUUCAUUAGCUAGCGUAUACAUUUUGUAUAUUUUGCAUAGAACUAUACAUUUUGAAACCAUUAAGCUAGAACCACUAAGGUUUUCUUUUUUUGAACUUUGAUUGCUACAGAUUAUGAGGAAAUCCGUAUCCCAUUUUCUUGCUUGUUGAUAUUUUGAACAGCUGUAUAACUCAUUCAUCCAGUUGAGCCGCCGAUACAGUCAUCGUGUGAAGUUCGUGUGUUCUAAACAAACUGGCAUGAACCUUUGUGAAAGAAGGUAAAAUUCACGAACUUGGUGCACUUAGCGGAUAUUUGAAAGCAUCGAACUUUUCAUGUCGAGCUUGCCAUCUUAUUACAAGCUGACCCUUCGGUAGCUGACCUGGUUAAAACACUGUUGGAUUCUUUUGAGUCGUCCAACCGAGAUCGUUUCGAACGCCAAAGCUAGAUAUCAGCUAGACCAGAGGGUCGUGCCUAAUUAAAGUGCACACUAGUCGAAAUGAUGGAAAGACCUCGCGUAUUGAGACCCGGCGAGAAGUUACCACCCAACUGUAGACUUCUACUCGGCGAUGAGCUGGACACAUUCCUAAAUAAAGCAAUUGCUGAGUAUAAACCUUCGAAAGAUAUGAUUCCACUGAAGUACGCCGCAAUUCCUAUGGGGCUCACGGCAGGAGUGUGCGCGUUCGCUGUGACUACCACAUUUCGAAGAUUCUUUAAACUCGGGAGCUUUGCACAGAAGACGUGUUACGCUGCUGUUAUAUUCCCGGCGAGCACAACAAGCGUAAUAAUGCAUUCUAACACUACUAAGGACAUCAUUCAUAGGGAGACGAAAUGCCCCGUGUGUGUACAGACCCGUGCAAUGUCAUUUCAGGCAUUAUUCGGUGCACUCUAUCCGGCCAUUGUGGCGCCUAUCAUUUGCGCGUCGUUCUCCGUCCCUCGGGCCCUCGCGCCAAGUUUUUUGCUCAAGGAGAACGUCAUCGCCAUAUUGAGACAUAUGCAGAAGAAACCUAAGGUAUACAUUUGGUCGAUUCUAGCCAACGCUGUAGUAGGGGGUGUAUGGACACAUCUGGAGCAGAACGCCUCAUGGAAGUUGCAUGUAAAGCUUUCUGGUGAACAUCCAGCGGAAAAAAAAAAAAAACAGCAAAAUAGUGGAGUAAUUAUGUCACAAGACAACGGCACGUCAUUUACUGCCUAAUUAUUAUUA